AUGAGUGAGGAGUAAGUUAGUUUGUGUCAAGGAGUUAUUGCACAGAUCAUCACAGAAAUCCUCUUGGAUAACUCUUGCUAUUUGGUAGAAUUCAGUGUGGCACUACUAUGAUCGUUCUGUCAGCACAGACAUCACCACACAUUAUGAUCUCCGCUCUUCUCCCCCCUAUGUGCUUCUCCUAAGCCCCAAGACCAAUUUGGGUGGGUGGAAUCCCCAUUGUGCUAGUGCAGGGCAGUCCAACUUUUCAUACCAACUGGGCCAGACAGUUUGACACAGAGCCCACAGGUCACACACUGCCUUGUCACCCGGGGGGGGGGGGAGCAAAGCCCAAAUGUGACUCCCCGCCCCCAUUCCUUAUGUUGCCUUCCCAAAGUUGGGUAAAUGUUCUUGUUUUUAUCAUGUUUUUUGUGCUUUACCAUGUAUUUUUACAUUGUGUUUUGCUUAUCAAAAGAGUUAAAAAGCUGGGAUAGCUUCCAUUAACCAAACCUGGCCAUCUCUUUGUCUGCCUUCUGUACCACCAUUAACGUGAAGGCAUCCAUUCAGGAGUUUGAAAAGACUUCAUUAGCGACUUGAUUGGCAUGUGUUGACUUUUACAAGGUGUGAAGCAUUUCCUAAGAUGAGGCUGGUAUCAGGCUUGUACCAAGGUCAAGCAAGGUUCAAGAUGGAGAAUCCCAUGUCGGUUUAAGUUAUGUCAGUCUUAUGCUUACACCAUGAUCAACAGCGAUAAACCAUUUCAUAAGUUCAGAUUUAAACAAGCCUUUAAAACAGAGUUUGAUUUACAGCACCUUUUGGGUCAGGGGGAAUUCCUCCAGGGUGCCAGGUCACAUGGCUGAGCUGAAAGAGGUUUGCAGUAGGUGUAAGCUGUGGAGGCUGGCCAACUGGGGUGAAUGGGGUACUGCCCCACCUACCUCAACCCACCCUUAGCCAGCCCCCACCUGCCCUGACUUUUUACUUUCAACCAGUCCAGGGGUUGGCACUGUGUGUCAUCUUCCUCCUUCUUAAUCUCAGUGUUGCCCUGCCUGUCACUGACUCUGGCGCCACCUACUGUCAACCUCCUUGCUUUCUACCCUACCAGUCCCAAUGAAUAUGUCACACUCCUGGAACGCUCCCUUUUGUGGACUUUUGCUCGUGUAAAUUCUGCCAGCUCCUGUUCCAUCGGCUGAGCCCCAGCUGAGCCAUCAUAGCUCCAAUUCUGCUGGAUUGUGUAGUCAAUACAGUGUAUCCCCAGAACAGCUCAAGAUCUGCCUAGUUUGAACUUGUUUAUCCCAGUGGAUCUUAGGUUUGGAAUGCACUGUAAGUCUAAUAUAUAAUUGUAUAGAUGUGUAUAAUUAUUCCAAAGUAGUUCAAAACAAUCCUGUUUUUUUGUCCUUAGAAUGAUAAUGUAUGGAACCUUCCUCACUGUUUCUCUGAAACAGGAGAGGGGAACCCUUAGCCCUCCAGAUGGUGUUGGACUCCAAUUCCCAUCAGCCUCAGCCAGGAUGGCCAGUUUUAGGGAUGAUGGGAGUUGUAGUUCAGUAGCAUCUGGAGGACCACAGGUUCCCCACUCCUGCUGUAAAACUUAGUGGGGCCAGCAUUGCGCUGUAUAGAAAGACAGCUUUUCUCAAAGACAGGGAUCUUGCUUCUUAAAAUCUGGAGAGCUGUUAAAUUAUAGGAGCUUCAUAGAGAAAUAUGGUGCAUGAGGUACAAAAAACAAUGUUCUUGCUGCAAGUAUGUAUCAACCACCCUGCCUUGUGAGCCUUAACAAUAUCAAUCUGUUCUUCUUCUUAGAUGUACCAAGCUGUGGGAAAGCAUUGUCAUAUCUACCGUAACCUCCAUAGUCUGUGUUGUUGUGGUUGUACUAGUAUAUGCCAAACUCUGCAGGAAAAUAGGUAACACUGUCCUGUACAAGUUUUAAUUUAUAUGAGCUCAUCCUUGGUCUGUUCUAUUCCAUUCCUGAGCUAUUUGCUUUUGAUGCAGCUGUCCUGCUUAGCAUAGUGACAACCCUUCACUAGCUUUCUGUAAUUCAUCCAUUUGCUACUUUACUGCACCCUAUGUAGCAGUUCUCUUGGAUCAUCACCAUCCCAUUCAUAUAUGGGAGAUUUGUACCAUGAAUGAAUAGAGGAAACCUGAUGAUCCUACAUUAAGGGUGGGGCACCUGAAGCCCAUGGGCCAUAUGUGGUCCUGGACACGACCCACAACAGGCCCAGUUGCCCUCAACUGCUUUUUCUGGGCUGGAAGGUCUCCUUGAACUGUGAUAACAUCUCUUGCUCACCUCAACGAAGAGUUGUAUGGAUGUCAAACUCUUUUAAAUUAUUUUUACACUUUUUUGUUUUUUUUAUACUAGUAUAUUUUAUGAAGACCUUAUGGUAAUGGAGGGACGUGGGUGGCACUGUGGGUUAAACCACAGAGCCUAGGACUUGCCGAUCAGAAGGUCGGCGGUUCGAAUCCCCGCGACAGGGUGAGCUCCUGUUGUUCAGUCCCUGCUCCUGCCAACCUAGCAAUUUGAAAGCACAUCAAAGUGCAAGUAGAUAAAUAGGUACCACUCUAGCGGGAAGGUAAACGGCGUUUCCAUGUGCUGCUCUGGUUCGCCAGAAGUGGCUUAGUCAUGCUGGCCACAUGAAGCGAGAUGAGCGCCGCAACCCCAGAGUCGGCCACGACUGGACCUAAUGGUCAGGGGUGCCUUUACCUUUACUAUGGUAAUGGAAGCAGGUAAGGAAUCUUAAGAAUGGGAGGAUGGAUGAACAGAAAACUCUGAUUUGUGUGGAAUGUAGUCUACUGUGCAGAGGAAACAAUCCCCAUCCACUUCUGCCUCUAACCCAACCCACCACUGGCAUCCUGCCCUUGAUAUCUCUUUUAGAAAUCCUUGUACAGGUUCACCUAUACAGGUUCACCUGAGGCAGGUGGUUACCAAGGAGAGGGUCCCACUUAGGAAUGCUUUCCCCAGAGAGGCUUGCCUGGCACCCACACUAUGAUAUUUUAGGCACCAGGUGAAGACCACCUCAUUCUCCCACGCCUUUCUGUUGCAGCCCACCAGGUGCUUUAGUCUUUGCACCAAAUUUUCCCUGGCACAAUUUUAUGCUGGUCUGAACUUGUUUAAAUUGUUGUAGCUGCUUUGUUUUAUGCUGAUCACCUUGAACUGUGCACAGUGCUUAUCCCAUAUGCUCAAAAGACUAGAGUUGGUUUGGGGCCAUAUGGCCUUAUAUGUUGGAUCCAGAUUUGAGUUCGGUUCAGAGCAGCUCCACUGAAAGCAAUGGAACUUGGGUGAGAUGCCCUUAGUGAGGUUUCAUUCAAUAGUUCUCACUGCUAGCACUGCUUCCCAUUGUCCUGACCUGGUCUAGCCGAGGAGACCAUAUCUCCCCCAUUGCUUGUAAGUGCAAGAAGGGGCCCGGGGGCAAACUCAUGAGAUCAGUGGUGGGUCUGAUGCUGACCCUGACCACGUGUGUGCCAUGGUGAGAUGGGAGCAGAAGCCUCUGAGGAGUGUAGAGCACUGAUGAGAGGGACUCCUAGUUUCUUACUGGAGUAUUAUCCUAACUAGGACUGCACUCUCUGUUUCAGAGCAACAUGCCUAUAAACACCAUGGAAGAAGACAGCCUGGGUUCAGAGCAAAGAAGCCCAACAAUGCCUUAGCUGGGAAUGCCUUAGCUGGGAAUAUGCCAUCCUCUCAGCUGGAGUUGCCCUCUCCGUGGCCGAGAAACCCAAGCCAAGCCCAGCAGGGACAAGGACCACAUUUUCAAAUAGACAGUUUCAUGGCAGGCAAGUCCUCAGCUUGGAAAAGAAUCUUCCAGUGUCACAAUCAACAGUUGUCCCCUUGUCUGAAAUGGCAAAAACACACUGACCAAAAAGCAUUUCCUUCUCUAACGUGUUAUUUUUUCAGCCAAAGCUUGCUCUGCCAGACCCAUCCUUUUCCAAGAACUCACAGAUACCACCAACAUACGUUGGCAGGUGUGCCAGGUGCUAAAAUACAAAAUCAAUUAAUAUCGCUAGCCACAGUCAGAUGCUGGUAGCUGUAGAUAGUUCCUAUGGUCCUUCAGAUGAAAGCUGAAUUGCUGAAUAAACUUUGGGAUGGGAUCCAAAGGUUAUAAGUUCUCUUGGAGCCAGGGUGAUCUGAUUUGCUAGGAACCACAAAAACCCUUUCUCUGGUCAGAAGGUACUAGAAGUAGGGAUCUCUGGAACUGUACCUUGGACAAAGCUUGGUAAGCAGCCUAGGAUCUUGUAGAUCCUAAGUACAUUCAUCAGGAAGUAUAUUGCAUUUAUUUAAAAUCUCUAAAACCACCCUUCAUUCACCUGUGGACGGAGGGAGUUGGUUGUUCUUCAUGUGCCCCAUAUCUAUGCAUGAAAUUCACUCCCAUCUUGUUUCACAGUAUGCAAGUCAAACACCUCCCCUAUAAAUGUUGAAUCCCACCCAUAGCAUAGCUGCUUCUGUCUCUGCUUUCAAAUCCAAUUUCCCUUCUGCCUAUCUCAAAUACUUAAACUGUUAUGGCAAUAAUGUUUUUUUCUUUGUCAUAGGUAGCAGCUCAGAAAGCUCACUGUGCUCUCUUGCCAGAAAGGUAAUGGCGUUUACUUCAGCAGCAUCUCACAUGAAUUGCAACGAUUGCUAUGCUGAUGCUAAUCUUAAGUUAGUCUAUCAGAACUUAGAGGCUUUUUGUGCAAAUUGCAAGGAUAUUUCACAACGAAUCAUUCCUUUAUUCUUAAAAAUAAUGGUUAAGAUGUUAUUUAUCUUUCAGAGAUGUAGUAAAACGAAACAAUAUACAGUAUUAGAGGGCAUCCCAAAAUAUUCAUAUAAACAAGACUAUUGAUUACAUCAGAUGGUACAGGCUCUGAUGUAUACUGUGAAUAUACAAUCAGGAGAUUGAGGUAGUCAAAGUGGAGAUAAUCAAAAUCAUAGUUGACAACAUUUCCCUUUUUUAAGGGAAAUUCCCUUAUUCCGAAUAGGAUUCCUCGCAAGAAAAGGGAAACGUUGACAGCUAUGCAAAAUGUUAUUGUGUACCUCAAUGGGAGUCACUUCACUAGCUGGCAGAAGAAAUAACGAAGUCAUCUAAAAAGAUCAAAAGAGAGAGUCAUUGUGGGCCUGUGUCUCUCUCAGUCCUAGAAGCUAGAUUCAUCCAAGGAAGCUGCAUGUUAGAUGAUUCAGAAGAGACAAAAGACGGUACUUCUUUGCUAUGAUGGCUUGUGCUACUAACAUCUUACAUUUUUAAUCCUUACAGUUCUCUAAUGGUCUAGUCAUCACUGUGCUAUACCAGCUCUUGCAUAAUACAGGGGAUUGGCAUAAUCACACAGUGGUACAGAGUGGCUGUAUGUUGGUAUUCUUGAACCACAAUUGACUAUUACCCUGUAUGUUUGAAUUUCAGCAUGCUUUACCUGUACUUCAGCAUUCCGGGUCAGAUGAAAUCAAUUAUACAACCAUUGUGUUCCAAGAUCCCAUGAAUGGCACCAGCUCGGGAAGAAGCAAUGAAGAUCUAAGCGAUCACAGACACUAUGAGAAUGUGUCUUCCUAG